AUGUCCAUCGGGAAUGAGAGGGCUUCUGGAUCUGCGAAUACCAUGGAUGGUGUGGGUCGAGAUGAUGGACUCGGACAGCCUUUCACCCUGCUCAUUCCAUUCUACUCCGUGAGUCCCGAUGUGGAGCUCUUCAUCCGUUCUUCCGGGGCCGAUCUUGGCGUUGAAAUCACCGACGAUGACCUCGAAGAAAGUCGUCAAGCCUUCGUACGAAUCAAUCUUCAUGGCCAAGUGCGUAUUGACGAGGACACCUAUCAUGGCAAGAUCAGACGAUAUUGGAAAUUAUCGCCCAAUCUACUUGCUGUUUGUGAAGUAUAA